UGUCGAAAACAUCAGUCUCAGACAUCAGCAAUAUGUCUGUAAUCAGUUUAUUGAGAUCUAAAAUUAAUUUUAUUUAAUGCAAACUAAUAAGUUUAAUGCUAGAUACAAAAAUGUUAUUGUAAUUUGUUCUUGGUUUGCUUUUUUGCUGCCUAAAAAAAGGUUUUCCUGAGCUCAGAGUUUUAUUGUUUUUAUGAACAGAGACCUCUUGUUAUUGCAGAGAGAGUAUUCAAGUCUCCUGUGGGAGUGAAAUAGUUCCACAGUCUGGCAUUUCCAACUCUCCUCUCUGAUUGGCCAGAGAAAAAUCUGAUGUGGGGGCUUUGCCCAGUCUGUCCAGACUGAGAGUUGUUUUAGUGGCAAUUCGCCUUUUUUAAGCCUCCACAUCACACAGUUCAGAGUUUUAGUUUGUGAUCGACAUGAAUUAUUCAUUGGGGGUUCUUCUCUGUGUUGGACUUUUGCACCAAACUGCAUGGAGUGUCUUCAUGGAUAAACUAGCAGAUAAGAAGAUCUGUGGCGAUGCAGAAUGUUCAUACGUUCUUAGCAUGGCCACCGCUUUGGAUGACUUCAUAGCUCCUGACUGCAGGUUCAUCAACAUCAAGAAAGGCCAGAUGGUCUACGUGUAUUCUAAACUCAUACCAGCAGAGGGCAGUGGAGUCUUCUGGUCUGGAAGUGUGUACAGCGAGCGCUAUGUAGACCAGAUGGGCAGAAUCGGAUAUUUCCCUUCAACGAUUGUUAAGGAGACAAACAAAUUUUCUGACAACACAAUAUCCAUGCAAACAACCGACAUGGACUUCUACUGUGAAUAAGGCAUUGCAGACCAAGUGACAAGUCUUUGUUUUAUUAAAAAUGACUUUUUUUGAUAGUGACGCAAGCAUAUGUAUCAUUAUAUCCUGCAGUUUAGAUUAUAACCUGCCGUGGAUCACUUUAAAACAGCAUUAGAGGAUGUCUGCUACUUCCUUUGCCUGUUAGAAGUGUGACGUUAGGCUGAUAAUUGCACCAAGUUGUCAUGUUAAAUGUCCAAAGCAAAUUAAAAAGCUUCCAAUGGCUGAUAGAGACAGCGGAGAGCAGAAGCUGAGUUACUGCAGGAGGAAGAUGAAGCAUAAACACCGGGUCACAGGCACACAGCUACACAUUAUGACUGAGAUAAUUAGUGGCAACCGAGACCAGGUAGAAUAACAGCAAAAACACACAAAUAAAAUGACUUUGCAAAUGAAAAGCAAAAGAUUUGACAUGGGUAAUUGUAAAAAAAAAAAAAAAAAACUAUGAUAAAAAAAUAAAAGUAGAAUAUUUAUUUCUUAAAGAUAUGUGGGUUCGGAAAUGACCACAAAUGUGAGUAGAACUUAUAUGUAACUAAGUGAAAUUGAUGGGAUCAUUUACAUUUAUCAAAGUUUCUAAAGUUUUUUUUUUUUUAAAUAAUAAUCCUUGAAUAUAUUUGUAUAUUUUAACAUAUAAUGCAGCAAAUCUCUUAUGAUAUGCAGGAUGUAGUUUUUUUUGUUGUGGAUACCUAAAUGGAACAAGAAUAAAGACAUGAUUGUCAUUAUCAUGAAAAAAGAUGAAAAAUCUUAUUUAGUCACUACCAAGUUUCCGUUCUUUCUCUAAAUUGCUUAAUUUUACCAAAAAAUAUAUUUAUAAAUAUUUUCAAAUAAAUAUCAAUUGUAAUUUUUAUAAACAUAAUUUUGUUAUUUUUAAAUUAUACAGAAAAAAACACAUCCCUUGGUGAAAAUACAAAAAAAGUAUUCAUAAAAAAUCAGUCUUGUUCUGGUCAUUGAAAGAAUCAUGAAUCAAGUUAUUUAAAAUAUUGCAAUUCUAACAUAAAAAAUGAUUUCAAAUUGCAGUUUUUUCUAACAGAGAUGAUUUAUAUUGUCCAUUUUAUUAGCUUUACUGUUGUGUCACAGCUUCAGACACUCGUGCUUGCACAUGUAUUACAACAGAAUCAAAUAUGACCUUGCUGUUUUUAUAACAUUUUUUUAUAAAACUGUUAUAAAGUUCUAUCAGGCUGCAUAUAGUUUUAUGGUUGUUUCUUUUAAGUAUUUCUGCUUUACAGUUAAUAAAAAAAAUAUGUAGAAAAGCUAACGUGUAACCUUGAAUUUUAUGGUUGAGUUCAUGAUGUUUUGGCUGUCUCUUAUGUAUCAGUCCCAGCAUAAUCCACUCACUUACUCCCCCACCCCACAAGUCCAAGUGAUGAUUAAACCGUGCCUGUCAGUCAUUUCGGUGUCUUUGUAAAGCAUGAUUAAAGUCUGUUUGUGAUUA